GGGCCGUGGCCACCUCCAGCCCCUCCCUGUCUCCACCCCUGAUCCGUCGGCUAGAUGCAAAUUCACUGUAGCAGGCUCCGAGGCUAUGAAGAUUUCUGUCCGCUUGUACAAAUUUUUGAGAUCAACCAUCUACACAUUCUUCACAAGAAUUCAAACGAGAGAUUGGAAGAUUUAUAACUCACAUCUUACAUCAAAAUCUCAAUACAAGUUCAUUGUUGUUCUUCAACUUACUCCGAAAGCUACAUCAACAUAUCUUGUACAGACUUUGGAGGAAAAUCUUUGUUAUCUUUACAAAGGAUUACAUCUUGAAAAAGAAGGGGUCCAAGCUAACUGGAGUGAAACGGUGUUACUUCAAGAAGCUCGGUGAAAUGGUCAAUCAUCAGGAAGCAAGGUUGCUCUCGAGUGACAAAGGUGAUUACACUUGAUGAAGAUGAAGAGAACUUCUUAGGUGCUACUAAAUAUAGGCGUUGUAACAAUUUUAAAAGUGCUUAGUGUAACAAUGGACUAGAGGAACACAUUGUUAUUUGAGCCACUAUAAAAUUCUUGGUGUCG